AUGAUAACAGCAGAAAUUGGAUCACCUUCGAAAUCCAGCAUUCCACUUAACGAAACCACACGUCACGUUAAUUUUUCAAACGAUUCGAUAAAUAAAUCGAAAGAAUCAAAUCUGGAAGGUGAUAUUAAAAUUGAAAUAAUUCCAGCCACGCCUCAAAAUUUAUUACAACAGGAUGAAAUAUUACUCGAACCGAAAAUGGAAGAAACGACGACCGUUAAAAAAUUAGAUGUUCCCGAUAUUGUUCCUCAAAAGACGAUUUCCGUUGAAAAUGUCGAUGUUAAAACCGGAAACGUUGAAAUAAAAGACACGCCGCCUAAACACGGCGGAGUUUUACAAAAAACUAGAAGAGAACAAAUACGUCAUCAAGCACAAGACAUACAGAAAAAAUUACGUAAUCAAGCCGGAAUGAUUCGUACGAAAUUUUCAAACAUUCGAAGACCUUCUUUGAAUAAAGAAAACAACGUUGCCCAAGACGAAGAAAAAAGUAAAUUUCGUUUACCGGAAAUGCACGUUCCUAAAAUAAAUUUCCCCGAUCGUAAAAAAUUUAAACUUCCGGAGAGACCGAAAUUUCACAUGCCCGAAUCUGCCAAAUUUCAUUUACCGGACAAAUCAAAAUUUCGGAUACCGGAAUCUUCGAGAAUACAUUUACCCGACAAAUCGAAAUUUCAUUUACCGGAAAGACCGAAAUUCAACCUGUCGGAAAAAAUUCACUUACCGGAAAGGCCCAAAUUCAACUUGUCUGAAAAAAUUCACUUGCCGGAAAGACCGAAAUUUAAUCUGUCUGAAAAAAUUCAUUUACCGGAAAGACCGAAACUAAACUUGUCUGAAAAAAUUCAUUUACCGGAAAGACCCAAAUUUAACCUGUCUGAAAAAAUUCACUUACCGGAAAGACCCAAAUUUAAUCUGUCUGAAAAAAUUCAUUUACCGGAAAGAGGAAAAUUUCACUUGCCUGACAAAUCAAAAUUUCGUUUACCGGAAAAGAGUAAAUUUCAUUUUGAAAAACCUAAAUUUCACCUACCGGAAAAAGCAAAAUUUCACUUGCCGGAAAAGGGUAAAUUUCACUUACCUAAACGACCCAAUUUACCACAGAUAGAAAUUCCAAAAUUUAAAAGAACGAGAAGUUUGAAUUCGCCAUCGGUAUCAUCGGGUAGUAAAUUCGAUUUCAAAACCUACCCGAAACUAUUUAGAAAAAAUUCAGCCGAAUAUACUACGUCAUCACCGAAACAGACGAGAGGUAGAACGCCACCACCGAGAAUGAAAGAUGUCGAAGUUCCAGUCGCCAGUACAAGUUCGGAAGGUUGGAUUAAAAAACUCGAUGAUUUAAAAUACGCGGAUGACGAUAUGGAAAAAGAAGACGUUAGAGAAAUCGAUUCGAGAAAAAGCGAAUCGAUCAAUGAUUACGAAGAAAGAGAAUUGAAUGAUGAAACGAUGGAUUACGACAGAGAAUCCCAACGACAGAUCGAAUAUUUAGACGAUGACGAUCAAUUGGAAAAAAUAACCAAAAGUGAUUUGUUUAACGGUAGGAAAAAAGGAGUCUUGGAAGAAAUCAACAGCGACGAAUACUUCCUAAGACAAAAAGGUAUAAGUCAAGACGAUAUAGACAUGGGUAAAUAUUUGUCCCACGAAAUACGAGAAGCAUUUAAAUCACCCGGAAUGAACGCAUUGGCCAAAAUGGAUUACAUGGAUGAUGAAAACGUAAAUCCUGAGCAAUACCAACUUCCACCCAUGAGACCGACGCGUUCGGGUUCGACUAAAAAAAAAUCGAUUCUUAAAAAAGUAUAUAAGAGUGAUCCGUCGCUGUCGGAAGAAGGUUAUAAAACUUAUCCGCCGAGGAGACCCGGAAGAAAAAGUAGAUCUCAAUCGAAAUCAUUAUUAAAUGAAGAAGCUGUCGUUUCCGAAUUGUCUACGAAAUACGAUGAUGAUAAUGUUAAAAAAACGUCCUGCGAUUACGAUAACGAAGAUGUUAACAUGAGUAGAUAUGAUAACGUCGAUUACGAAGGAGAAGAAGAAGAAGAUGUUAGUGAUUAUUAUAAAACUCCAGGACCGGUUAAAGAAUAUGAAUACUACAAAGUACCAAGAUCUCAUAAAAUUGUUACCGAUAGUCCAUUGGCAACGGAAAAGUCAUCUUUGGAAAAUUGUUCUUUAAACGAAAAAUUUUCCGAUGUUUGGUAUAAUGCAAAUAAUUCGAUCGAUAAUCCACCGGUACCAAUGGCACGGAAAAAGAAGAAUAAACAAAAGUUUAAUAGGGCGUCAGAAAAAUUUAAAAUGGCCGACGAAGAACAAGCUCCUCAACAGAUUGUGAUUGAAUCGAAUGAGGCAGUUCUUCGUAAGUUUGAUUUGGAAUCUCCGAUUCCGCCAAAAAGAAAUCGAUCCUCGGGUUCAAGAUCAUUAAAAUCAUUCGUCACUGAAGAAGAAUUUAGCUGCAGUUUUCAAUCCGAAACUGGAUUAGAAAAAUUGGAAAAUGAAAUUUCAUUUGAAAUUACAGAACCAACGGAGGAAACUGUUUGCUCGAGAGUGUUACCGUUGAUGUCUUCGGAAGAACCGAUACAAAAUAGUAUCAUCGAAAACGUAGAAUCGGAUAUCGUCGGAUUCGGUUAUGCGACAAUAGGAAAACCUACGAUAAUAAAACCACAAAGGCGGAAAAAGAAAAAAAAACCCGAAAGGCCCCCACCACCAAAAAGGAAAAAAGAUUUUUCCGUACCCAUAUACAGUACUUAUUCGAAGAAAACCCCCGUUAGACCAUUAAGAAAUUAUAGCACUUUAGGACCGUCGAGACCACCUAGAAAAAAUAAAAAAUUACAAAAAGAACAAAUCGUGGCCGAAGAAGAGUCAUUUAGAACGUACUCCGAAAUACAAAGGAAACCAUUACCGGAAUCAACCGAUCUUUUUCCAAUCGAAGUAUCCGAAAGCGUUAAAGAUCUUCAAACGGAAAAAGUUUUUGAAAAAAUGAAAGGACGUCCUUUACCACCUCCCCCUAGACCACCGCGACAGAAAAGCAAAGGUCCGGAUGAUUCAUUUGAUGUCGAAACAAAAGAAGAAAGGAUAUCAAUGUCGAUUUUAGCAGACGAUGAAUUUCCCAUCGAAAGAGAAGUUACCGUUUUCGUACAUGAACCACCUCCUGAAAAAGAAAUUUUUCAAGAGAUGCUACCACCUCAAGAAAGUACUCCUUCCGUCGAAGAACAUUUUUCAAACGAAAAUAUUAAUGAUAAUAAUAAUAAAGAUGAUUUAAUUCAAGAAUUCAGUCACGAACAAUUAAGAAUUCAACAGGAAUUUUUAGAAGAAAUGAAAAGAGAAGAAGAAGAACUAAGAGAAAAAGGUAUAAACAACGAAGGCGACAUGAUAGAUGCAGAACUAAAAGCUGAAGUCAUUCGACAAAUAGAAGAUAUAAUACAAGAAGAAAAAAGAUUACUCACGGAAAAGAACAAAAUGGCAGAUGAUGCACUACCUGAAAGCAGCACUAGGGAAAAACCAGAAUCUGAUAAAAAAGAAAAUUAUUUAGACGUGGAUGUAGAUAUGGGUUAUGCAUCGUUAGAAAGAAAAAAUCAUAAAAAUCAUCACGCUCCGACUUAUUCGCAACAAGAACAAGAACAACAACCGCACGAACAACAACAACAACAUCGGCAACCAGAACAAUUCGAACAAACAAUUGAAAUACCUAAAAAAUUAGAAAAACUUCAAGUUGAUGAAUUAGAAGCUGGUUCGAUAAGCGUUCACGAAGUUAAAGCCGGACAAAUAUUUGUCAAAGAACUUCAAGGUAAUAGGUUAGCAUCUCAAGAUAUAGACAACACCGGUGGUAACAUUUCAUUGGGUAAUAUAUCACUACCGGAUAGUUUCAUUGAUCAAAUCGUUUCGAAAAUACCUUGGGAAAAGGUACGACAAAAUCACGAACAAGAACAACUACAACAACAACAACAAAAUCAAUCGUCUUUCGUACAAGAACUUCCUCAUCUUCCACCUCCCGUUCGUCCUAUGCGACGUCAACAAGAAUAUGCAACUCCUGACGAUUCCGAUGAUGAAAAUUAUUCACAACCAAGGAGACCUUAUCGAAGACGUCAAACCAAAACAAAACGUUCUGACGAAGAAGAAGAAGAAGAAAAACAAACAACGAAACAAAUAUUGACAACAACAACAACAAGAACAAACAACGAGUCCGCGGCGGAUGACGUAACCGAAUUAAGCAUAAGAUUAGCAAGAGCUUGCACGGCUGCUGGAGUUGAAGCCGUUAGAAAUUUUGUCGAAACAAACAAGGCAAUCGCUUCAUCAUUGGAUAGAGAAUUAUGCGUUCAAGUAAUUCUUUGCAUUGCUGUCGUCUUGGUUGCCGCUUAUUUUCUUUUCGGUUACGAAGCUAAAAUUAUUCAUUUGAAUAGAUGGCAUUUUCAGUUUCCCCCCCCGCCGCCUCCAGAUUUGUAA